GCCACGUGUGUUUGAACAGAAGAUGAUCUAGCGCCAUCCAUACUGCCCCCACAAGACUGGCUAUAUAGAUGGCAGACAGAGUCAUCAUCCAGCCCUCCCUCUCUCCUCCAAAACCAAGCUCCACCUCUCUCUCUCUCCCUCUCUCUCUCUCUCUAUCUCUCUCCAAGACUCCCUUCUCCCACUCCAGAUGAGCGUGCCUCCUCGUCAGGGCGAGCAGAUUUGGAAGUGAAGGUGUGCUGUUGUUGCCAGUGAACUGACGUUUGGAAAGAGAGCAACAGGAGGAAAAAACCCUCAAACGGAGAAUAUCAUCCUCAGUGGCUGCCUGUGAGAGUGGAGGAAGCAUUUAAAGAGACCCUACAGCAGGCUUUGUUGAGAUAAAGCGCAGAAACGAGCUCCCAGAACUUGUGUGAACAUCCCCCCCCCCCCCCCCCUCCCCUGCUGCCUGGGACUGUAAAGAGGACCUGGGGAAGACAGUGUGCUGCCAGCAUCUGCCAGGCUUCCCAGCGUCGCCAUUAUGACUGAGAGUCGAAGGGAAGCAUUGGCGGCAGUGCCGCCUGGGCCCACCAGCGCCUCAUCAUCCACGGCUGGCUCCAACACCACCAACAUGGCUGGCCCGGGCGAUAAAGAUGAGAAUUUUUCCAAGCUUAAGGACAAGUUCAUGAACGAGCUAAACAAAAUCCCACUGCCAUCAUGGGCCAUUGUCUCUAUUGCCUUUGUGGCGAUCAUCCUGGUGUUAGCCUGCUGCUUCUGCAUCUGCAAAAAAUGGAUAUUCAAGAAGAAAAACAAAAAGAAGGGCAAAGACAAGGGCAAAAACGCCAUCAACAUGAUGGACGUAAAGGACGGGGCCAAAACCGAGGCCUUGAAGGAUGAGGAGGAUGCCGAGACAGGGCUGACUGAAACGGAGAAAGAGGCGGAGCCCAAGGAGGAGCAGAAACUGGGCAAAUUACAAUACUCCCUGGAUUACAAUUUCACCGAGAACUCGCUCAUAGUGGGGAUCAUACAGGCUGCAGAGCUGCCCGCUAUGGACAUGGGCGGCACAUCUGACCCGUACGUAAAAGUGUACCUGCUCCCUGACAAGAAGAAGAAGUUUGAGACCAAGGUCCACAGGAAGACCCUCAAUCCUACCUUCAAUGAGCAGUUCACCUUCAAGGUUCCCUACGUGGAGCUCGGUGGAAAGACACUGAUAAUGACGGUGUACGACUUUGACCGUUUCUCCAAACAUGAUGCCAUCGGCGACAUCAAGGUGCCGAUGAACAAGGUGGACUUCAGCCACGUAACGGAGGAGUGGCGGGACCUGCAGAGUGCUGAGAAGGAGGAGCAAGAGAAGCUAGGCGAUAUCUGCUUCUCUUUGCGAUACGUCCCCACCGCUGGCAAGCUCACUGUGGUCAUCCUGGAGGCCAAAAACCUGAAGAAAAUGGACGUGGGAGGCUUGUCAGAUCCAUAUGCGAAGAUCCACCUGAUGCAAAAUGGCAAGAGGCUGAAGAAGAAGAAGACGACAAUCAAAAAGAACACCCUCAACCCUUACUACAACGAGUCCUUUAGCUUUGAAGUCCCAUUUGAACAAAUCCAGAAAGUGCAGGUUGUUAUAACUGUUCUGGACUAUGACAAGAUCGGCAAGAACGAUGCCAUCGGCAAGGUCUUUGUGGGCCUCAACAGCUCGGGGACGGAGCUGCGCCACUGGUCCGACAUGCUGGCCAACCCCAGGAGACCCAUCGCCCAGUGGCACGUUCUGAAGCCUGAGGAGGAGGUGGAUGCUCAGCUCUCCACCAAGAAAUAGGCGGGGACCUUUCAGCACCUGCCUUGUAGUACUCUUUAGCCAGUAUGUGUAAAUACCUCAGUGAUAUAUGGGUCCAUCCAUGUAAGCCCCUCCCACUCACAUCACCCCGCCCUCCCAGCUUCUUAAACUCACAGUCAAUCCUAAUUGUUCAAGUUCCCCACUACAUCCCACUCUGCUUUGUUCUAUCAGGUUCCCUUUUUUUCUUGCUUUUUUUUCUCUGUUCCGCUCUGAUUUAGGAGGUUUGUUUACCAUCUCUGUGCCCUUAACUGCCCCGACCAAAUGCGUCCCCUUCUUUUAAGCAAUAUGAUCUGUAUAGAUAGCGCAUGACUGAAAGAAUUUAUUGUACCACAGUUGUAUAUAUAAGUAUGCAGACAAAAAUGAUUUCUAGUUUAUGUGUUUGUAUGUUGUUACCCGUUUCCUAAUCUGUGUAUAUCUUGAUGUUUUUAAUAAGAUGUUCUAUUUUAAAUUAUGUAAAUGCAGAUAUAGAGGAAAGCCAAUAUUAUAUAUCCCAGGAUUUAAAAAUUCUACCUUAUUACCUUAUCGCAUUCCAGAAGAAAAAUAAUACCAACCUGUAAGACACUAGUGGAAACAUACUCAAAUAUUGUAAAGGACAAAGUCUGGCUUUAAGUUCAGCAGAGGGUCAUACAGAAAUCACAAACAGAUGAUGUUAUACACACACAAAGCUCCAAAUCAAAGGCCAUUAACUACUAUGGUUCUGAGAGAAAAAUUAUGCUGCUGGAAAUUAUACAAGCACAUGAUUUCUUACAACUUUUUGUACUUAUUUCUCAACCAGAGAACGUGUUUGUUAGCACACUGUUACAAAAAAAAAAAAAGUUAAUGAAAGCCAGUAAACAUUUAAGUUCUCCAUAUUUGGCAGUUCCUUCGAAGUGAACUAGGUCCCUGUUGUUUACUCACACUGGCUCGAUCUCUUUUUCCAAAAAUGGAAAAACAUUGCCUCCAAAAAAAAGAAAAAAAAAGAGUCAUUCCUCAACCCUUCGAAAUCAGACUCCCUGUGAAAAAAGCACCAAGCUGUAGCCAUUGUGUCUUUAAGCGACAAUAUUUUGUUACCUGCUUACUUUUAACAGCCUUGUCGUUGUUGGGAGUAAAUUACAUUUCAGCCGGGGUCCGAUCGAUAUCAAAAAAAACAAAAGGGAGUCGUGACUCUGGCUUUAAGAGGACUAUUUUUUAGAGCAGUUCAGCGUCUCGACUAUUUUUAGUAAACUGCAUGAUUUUUUUUACUAUCUUUACUAAAGGCUGGGGCAGGGGGGGAGAUCUACUGACACCAGGGGCUGUCUCUUCUGAAACGCUCCCCUUGCCUUCAAUCAGAGGAGAAGACAGCAAAAUCAAGAGAGAUGCUUUGGGUCAAUGUAAGCGGUUACAUUGACGAGGCGAAAGCGAGUUUCUAAACACUGCCAUUUCCAGGGAGGCGACUUGUGUAGAGCCCCUCCCUUCAUGCACACUCCCACUUGCUAGUGGUUGUAGCUUUGGUUUAUCGGGAACAAUGUCUCUGGCUGCAAUGGUGCCCUGAAUCGCAGUCUUUGCUUUGCGUUGCCUUCUCACAGUGACAAUAGAGCUAGCCAUGUUUUACUGCCAAUUUUAACUUUUAUGUGGCUGCUGUUUUUGCACUGGAUGUCUUUAAAAACUAGCUUGUUUACUUCUUUGGCGGGGAAUUGUUUGGGGACAAUUUGUUGGCUUGCUUCACUUCAGGACACCUGCAGGGGGAGACAGAAAUCUGCCUGCUUGAUUGACUUACAGAAAAAACAACGAUGACAAAUCAGCCAACAGCAGAUACAUCAGUUUAGUUUUCUUGUUGGCACAGGACUACACCAAGAGAAUGCGUAAAAAAACGUAAAGUUAAUGGUCUGCGAAGCUAUUGGUCCAUCAUGUCCUUUACUACGGGUCCAAUUAGGAGAGGAAUACGUUUUAAUCCAUGAAAACCAUGAAGUCUCUUAUCUUGGAGGAACCUCUUGCAUAUACUCGAUGCUAGCUUCAGGAGGACUUUCUAAAUGUUUUCAAUGUUAUUGUGUAGUUGAUAGCACUAUUAUGAAAAAGCUACUUGUCAUUCCAUAUGAGUCUCUGAGGACUGCUUCGUGUAUCACUGUGACUGCCGUGUGUGCUUAGAGAUGUAGACUUAUCAGUAGGUAGCCAAUCCGGUUUGUUCUGUAGUGAUGUUGUAGCGUUUAAUGCCAUUUUCCCUUCUACACGCAGAGAAAGAGCGAGCGCGUGGCGUCUCAACGGCUGCUCGCGGCGACUUGAAAAAGAAAAAAAGAAGCCGUUUUUAAUCGAGCGCGAGCGGGUGGCUUCACGCAGCAUUUUGUUGAGCACUGUGCAAUACUUGUAUGUUCAUCCCAUAGUGUUGACGUGGGCGGCGUUGCCCGGGAAAAGGAAAGAUUCUAACCUAGGAGGAUGGUUCGAGUCCAGAGAGACGUUUUCUCGGUUAGGACACAGCACACGUAGAUUCAGCGCACAGGUUGGAGCGUGAACACCUGUUGACCUCCGUUUAGGGUUCCCUCCCUUUUGUUCCGCAGGUUCGUUUUCUCUUGUUGCACACAGUUCCAGCAUCAGAAGUUUCAGGGAGUAUUAGUUUAAUACCAAUCUUGAUUCUACAUUCAAAUAUCCCCUUAAAAUGCUGUGUAUAUAUUUACAUAAUCGUGUCAAAAAUGUAUAUCGAGAAUAAAUGAAUCUAAAGUGACAUGAAUAGGAUUAUUCAGCCGCAGAUAUCUUCAUAUCAUCUAUCUAUCUAAUGCUUUAUUUCAUUUCCAUUUUUGCCUUUUUUUAUUUAUUAACUGCCCUGUUGAUUCACAAAAACCCUUUUAUAUUUGAAAUGAAAACUCUGAAUGUACAGUAUGGACUGUGUUGGUGUCGAUUCCUUUAACCGUGAGAUUAGAUGUACUUUGCACUUUCUGUUGUUCAAUUGUUAAACUAUUAUGAAUUUAUUUCAUAACCCUUUGGGGUAAAACCUCCCCUGUCGGAUAACAUUCAAACAUCACUGAAUAUACUUCACUACAGCUGAAUUCCCAGAUCCCCUUUCAACCUGGAGAUUCUUUGAUUUGACAUUUGUAGAUUCAUGAAUUCCAGAACAGCUUCAGAUUUCAAUUAGGGAAAAAAAACAUUUCAAAGGGAGAGAAUUUUAAUAUUAAUGCUUAAAGGUUUUAUUAGAGGAACUAUCUGAUCAAAGCUGGAAGAAAUCAAACAGAAUGAUCACUCAAACUUGUAUUGGGAAGUUCUGUGUUGGGCAGCAUUGCGGACUGUGAGGUGUGUGGAAACACCACGAAGCAAAAGCCAUUACCUGCACACAAAGCAAUGCUCCUCUUAUUGCAAUUUCCUCCCAAAGCAUGCACCAAUAAUCAAACUUAAAUUCUCCCCUUGUCAAAAAAAUAAAGAAAAACCUCCUUGAGCUCUCUGUGUAACAAAAUUCUCUCCAGUGGCGCUGACGAAAAGCCACACUGAUCUUUCCAAAUCAAAGCUGUGUAAAGUAUUAGAAUCUGAUGCUGUAGAAAGAUCCUAGUUGCCUUUGUGUAUAUCAACUGCCUGCUUGAGUAUUUUGUGCGUGGAAAUUUUCUCUGUAAUCUUGUAGAACUGUUUGGGGUGUUUUUUCCUGCCAUAUCGCUCGCGGUGACGGCGAGCCGCUGACAGUUAUAUUUGCUGUGUAUACCUUCAUUUUUGACAAGGUGUUUUACAGUUUUGUUUCACUUUGUGUAGUGAUUCACUCUGUGGAGUUUUCUGACUGUUGUUAUAUAACUUCAUAUACACAAAUGAUCAAUAAAAAUGUUUUAUUUCCUGUUGAUACAGAA